GUAGUUUGCAAACCGGUCACAAGGUGGUGUACACACAUCAGGUUUUCUUUCAGAUUUCAUUCACGAUUGAAUUCCUGUCCCUUUGUACAGAGGAAAAGGACAAGCCGUUCCCGCAUCACCAGCUGCUCUGUCUCCCCGUAAGGAAACACACGCAUCGGGACUUGAAUUUUGGAUCCUCCUUUGAGAACUCCUCUCUUCUGGAAAAGCAGGGAAAUUUUGUAGCGAUGAGGGUGUGUGUGGCAGUGAGCGCCCCGGAGGCAGGAAUUUGGAAAGGAGACCCAGAGGAGGCGAUCACUGUGUAGGAAGGUGUGAGUCUGGAGACCGGAGGUCUGCCGCCAGCACCUUGUGCAACCCGGGAUUGCCAAAAUGCUUUGGAGUUUUUAACUAACUGACUUAAGAAAAGUCCAAAAUAGCUUCGAGACUGUAAACACAGAAGCUGCAGCAAGGGGGAUUCAGUGCCAAUGCAUCAACAAAAAAGACAGCCAGAGUUAGUGGAAGGAAAUCUUCCCGUUUUUGUGUUUCCCACGGAGCUAAUAUUUUAUGCAGAUGACCAGUCAACACAUAAGCAAGUGUUGACUCUGUAUAAUCCCUAUGAGUUUGCCUUAAAGUUCAAAGUUUUGUGUACUACUCCAAAUAAGUAUGUUGUCGUUGAUGCUGCGGGUGCAGUGAAGCCUCAGUGCUGUGUGGAUAUUGUGAUUCGUCAUAGAGACGUUCGAUCCUGUCACUAUGGUGUAACGGACAAAUUCCGUCUUCAAGUUUCCGAGCAAAGCCAGAGGAAGGCUUUAGGAAGGAAAGAGGUGGUGGCUACUCUUCUCCCAUCUGCGAAAGAACAACAAAAGGAAGACGACGAAAAAAGGAUAAAGGAGCAUUUAACUGAAAGUUUAUUUUUUGAGCAGUCCUUUCAACCAGAAAACAGAACUGUCUCCUCAGGACCUAGUUUACUAACUGUCUUCCUGGGAGUGGUGUGCAUCGCAGCUCUGAUGCUUCCUACGCUGGGGGAUGUGGAAUCGCUGGUGCCUCUCUACCUCCACUUAAGUGUCAAUCAAAAAUUAGUGGCCGCUUAUAUCUUAGGUCUUAUCACAAUGGCCAUACUUAGAACAUGAGCAAGGAAUUCAGUUGACUUCUGAAGUAAAUUUAUCUUGCAAAUAUGAAUGUGGACUGCCUUUGAUCUCUUUCACUCCAUUAACAUGCUACCGACUAUUGAGUGAUUGACCGUAACUGCAAAUGUAUAAUAUAUAUUUUAAAUUACAAACGGCAAGGAUGCUUCUGAGUGACACCUAGGAAAUCAUUGGAAAAAAAUUCUUUUUAUAUCUAAACCUAUUAUGCAAAAGACUUCAAACAUCUGUUAUUGUCUUCUUUUUUUUUCUAAUUCAUUUUGAUCACCAAGGUCCUGUGUCCUUCACAGCUACAGGUGUGAAACAUAAAAUGACCUUUAUUUCCUGACUACAAACGUCAAUGUUCCUAUGUAACUUAUACCUUGUCCUCUGUCAUUACAAACAGUUGCCAUGGGGUUUCUAAAAUAAGUUUUACAGUUAAUGUGCAGAGGGUACACACCAAAGCCUAAAGUGUUGAGGGAUCAUGCAUAUCCUACCCUAGGAUCUUCCAGAAGAACAGACAUACUUACAGAAUAGGAUGUGGUCCAGACACAAAGCCUGUGGGUUUUUUUUUUUUAACCCUCGGAAUUAGGGUGACUUCUCUGUUUGGUCUAACAAUUCGAAAGGAAGGUAGGCAUUUGUUUAGUUACGUCGUUCACCCUGGCUUUACCUCUGGAUAAUGCUUUACGUGAACAGGAGGAAAAAAAUCCCUUUAUCAUUUCUUGCCAGCCCUUUGCCUGACUGUAAGCAACUAGCCCAGACUGGGAUGACCAGAUGCCGGGUGGUUUGUGUGGCGAUGUUUUUCAUCUUUAAACUCCAAGCCAAGUGUAGAAAAUACUUGAUAUGUGUCUAUUUUAUAUCAAUCAUGGAGAUAUUUUUUAAGUUUGUAUUUAUUAAAACAACUUUACCCAAAAAGGUCCCUAAAGCAACAACUAUUUACAUUUCUUUAUAACUUCUCUGAUCUUGAACAUAUAUGUAUGCGGUUUUAACUGUUAUUAUCAUAAUAGCUGAUCUUCUGACUUAGAAUUUUUUUAUUUAUUUAUUACGAGAGAGAGAGCGUGUGCAU